CUGUGUAACCCCUGAUUGGCUGAGGGGAUUGCGGGUCCUGAGACUGAGCGAUCGGCUCGGAGCUGCGCGUCUGCCAGUGUGCACCAGUGGAGCGAGAGGAGCGCAUGUUGGAGUCAACUAGACAGCAACUGGCAACGACUGGGAUUUUUCCCCCACCUCCUCUCCCUUCUGUCUCAGCCAGGCUGGAUAUAGGCUACUGUGUGCUUCAGUUUGCUGCAGCUCAGUGUGAGAUGAACAUACAGUAAGGCUCUGGCAUCAUUUCAUCCCAAUGGCUUCGGAUUUCUCUCUGUGUUACAUGGACUACUAACUGGGAUAUGUUAAGCCGUUCCAAGUGAGCUACGAGGGAAUUAAUUAGURAGUGAAAGCUUGAAGACUUGCGGAGGGGACCAGAGACUUUAAAUCUGCUGGAAACAGAAAGGUAAUCGGGACAUAAGUGAUGUGAUAAGACGCGCAACUGCGCCCCAUCUUUUACGCAAAGAGGACUCAGGCUGUUGAUUUUUUUUAAAUUUAUUUUUGUCUGCAGUUCUUUUUUCUUCUUUCUUCAUUAGCUUUUCAAACCCCCCCAUCUGUCGACUGAAGAUGAAAUUUAAUCAGCGCUUGAAAUAAACAAGCUAUUUUAUCCAAAAGGCGACUUAAAUAUUGAUUAUCACCAGGGCGGUGAAAUCCCCAGACUUUCGAGCUUCAUCACUUCAUCUGCACGGAAGAUACAGAUUUUUGUGGACUUGCUCACAGGAAUUCACAUUCUGAGUCUAUGCAGUUCCUUUUUCCCCCCUCCCUCAUUUCCUCUGACUUGGAAAUGGACUCUCCAUCAUGCGUGAGACCAGUUUGCUGCUUGUUAAGAGCCGCACGGAUUUAAACGGCUAAACCACAACUGUGAGGAGAUUCAGCAUGUUUUCACAAACCUGUCGUCCUCAGUGUUUCUCCCGCCGCAGCAGCCCGGAGGAUGUSCUCUGCCUGAGAAGAGUGAAAUAAGCUGGGGCACUUGUUAGAAUAUUAGAUCUCAGAUCAUGAUUUAAUCUGAAAAAAAAAAAACUGUCACCAGCUCAAAUACUUUUUAAUAGACAUUUUUAAUGCGAUGAUUCGUUUGCAUAUUUUCCCCCGUUAUUUUUGACGUGCGUAUUUUGGUCGUAAUUAUCCAGAUUUUUCUUUUUUUUUUAUUGUUAUUUAUAGGCACAGAAAAACUCAACAGGUACCAGACAAACCAAGGAGAUGGAAUUAAUACAAUUAACUGCUGUUUUCUUUUUAUUCUGGGUCGGGACUGAGGCUGUUAUCAACCUGAAAUAUGGAAUAAACGAGGAGAUGAAGCCCGGUUCGGUGAUUGGGAACGUGACAAAGGACGCGCUCAAGCAAGGAUUUCAAAUUGCACCGUCGCCCCCUUAUUUAAGGGUUAUUUCCAAUUCAGAGCCAAGAUGGGUGGAACUCAGCCCGGCUGGAAUCCUUACGACCCAAAUGAAAAUAGAUCGGGAUGUGGUGUGCCGACAAACCCCAAAGUGCAUUAUUUCCCUCGAAGUGAUGUCAAACUCCAUGGAGAUCUGCGUCAUUAAAGUUGAGAUCGAGGAUUUGAACGACAACGCGCCCAGGUUUCCAACGAGCCACAUUGACUUAGAGAUUUCAGAAAAUGCUUCCCCUGGUACCAGGUUUCCCCUAGAGGGGGCAAGCGAUCCGGACUCGGGGAUUUUUGGAGUGCAGUCUUAUUCCAUCACCCCAAACGAGCUGUUCGGACUAGAAAUAAAAACCAGAGGAGAUGGGUCUAAAAUUGCUGAGCUUGUUGUGCAAAAAUCCUUAGACAGAGAGACCCAGUCUCAUUACACAUAUGAAAUCAGUGCAGAGGAUGGAGGAGACCCUCCUAAGAUAGGUGCGGUCCAGUUAAACAUUAAAGUCAUUGAUUCUAAUGACAACAACCCUGUGUUUGAUGAACCGGUGUACACCGUUAAUGUCAUGGAGAAUUCCCCCAUCAAUACAUUAGUCAUUGACCUGAAUGCGACGGAUCCUGAUGAGGGGACUAAUGGAGAGAUUGUGUACUCCUUCAACAGUUACGUCACUGAGAAAACCAGGGAGGCUUUCAAAAUUGACCCCAGAACGGGCAUCAUCACAGUCAAUGGGAUUUUGGAUUAUGAGGCCACGCAAAUUUAUGAGAUUGAUGUACAGGCCAAAGAUUUAGGUCCCAACUCCAUCCCAGCUCACUGCAAAGUGACAGUGAACGUGAUGGACACAAACGACAACCCACCUGUGAUCAGUUUGCUCUCACUGAACACAGAAAUGGUGGAAGUGAGUGAGAACGCGCAGCGUGGGUACGUCAUUGCGCUGGUGAGGGUGUCUGAUAAGGACUCUGGGGCAAACGGCAAAGUGCAGUGCAGGCUGCAGGGCAACGUUCCGUUUAGACUGCAAGAGUACGAGAGCUUCUCCACCAUACUCGUCGACGGCAGGCUGGACAGAGAGCAGAAGGACACAUACAACCUGACCAUCCAGGCUGAGGACAGCGGCAGCCCCCCAUUACGUGCCACAAAAUCUCUUGUUGUCAAAGUCACAGAUGAAAACGACAACCCGCCCCACUUUGUGAAAGCACACUACCAGGAGAUGGUGAUGGAAAACAACCUCCCUGGUUCAUGUCUGCUGGCAGUUUCAGCAGAGGACCCAGAUCUGGGCAUGAAUGGUACAGUUUCAUACUCCAUAGUCCCUGGUGAGAUUAAACACAUGGAUGUAAACACGUAUGUCAGCAUAAACCCAUCAGGGCGCAUUUACUCCAUGAGAUCAUUUGAUCACGAAUACACAAGGACUUUUGAUUUUAAAGUUUUAGCAAGAGACAAUGGCAACCCUUCCCUGUCCAGUAACGCCACUGUGCGCAUCGUGGUGCUGGAUGUGAACGACAACACACCUGUCAUGACAAACCCCCCACUGGUUAACGGGACAGCGGAGGUCUCCAUUCCAAGAAACGCAGGAGUGGGUUACAUGGUGACCCAGGUAAAGGCUGAUGAUUACGAUGAGGGCGAGAAUGGGCGGCUGACCUACACCAUCUCGGAGGGGGACAGGGCUUUCUUUGAAAUAGACCAGGUGAACGGAGAGGUGCGCUCCACCCGGAUGUUUGGGGAAAACGCCAAAUCCACGUACGAGAUCACCGUGGUGGCGCGGGACCACGGCAAGCCCUCCCUCUCCGCCUCGGCCUACAUCGUGGUGUACCUCUCGCCGGACCUGAAYGCGCAGGAGACCAUUGGACCUGUCAACCUGUCUCUCAUCUUCAUCAUCGCCCUGGGCUCCAUCGCAGCGAUCCUCUUCAUCACCAUGAUUUUUGUGGCGGUCAAGUGCAAGAGGGACAACAAGGAGAUCCGGACAUAUAACUGCAGUUUCUUCUACUUGCGCAGGGUGGCAGAGUACUCAUACGGCAACCAGAAGAAGUCCAGCAAGAAGAAGAAACUAAGCAAGAACGACAUCCGCCUGGUGCCGCGAGACGUAGAGGAGACGGACAAGAUGAAUGUGGUGAGUUGCUCAUCUCUCACCUCCUCGCUCAACUACUUCGACUACCACCAGCAGAGCCUGCCGCUGGGCUGCAGGCGCUCCGAGAGCACCUUCCUCAACGUGGAGAACCAGAACUCACGCAAUGCCGCUCCCAACCACGGCUAUCAGCACCCAUUCACAGGGCAGGGUCACCAGCAGCCAGACCUCAUCAUCAACGGCAUGCCACUGCCAGAGACGGAGAAUUAUUCCAUUGAUUCCAGUUAUGUGAACAGCAGAGCCCACCUCAUUAAAAGGCCCCCAUGUAGCACAUCAACAUUCAAAGACCUGGAGGGCAACAGUCUGAAGGACAGUGGCCACGAGGAGAGCGACCAGACCGACAGCGAACACGACGUCCAGAGAGGACACUAUGUUGACACGGCUGUCAAUGACAUGCUGAACAUGACUGUCCCCCCUAAUGUUUGCCAGCUGCCAGACCAAGAUCCAAGUGAGGGCUUUCACUGCCAGGAUGAGUGUCGCAUCCUCGGUCACUCUGAUCGCUGUUGGAUGCCUCGCGUUCCCGUCCCAGCCCGCGCCAAGUCCCCGGAACAUGGCCGUAACGUCAUUGCUUUGUCUAUUGAGGCCACCACAGUGGACGUGCCACACUACGAGGAUGGCACAAUCAAGAGAACUUUUGCCACCUUUGGCAAGGAUGGUUCGGAGGAUGUUGAGCGGGGMGAGAUAAAGGGAAAGCGGACUCAGGAGUCUCAGGUGUGCAGCCCAAAGGCCAAUGGCGGGGCCAUUCGUGAAGCUGGUAAUGGGCGCGAGGCUGCCAGCCCCAUUACCUCUCCUGUGCACCUGAAGAGUCCUGUAUCCAAGCCCUCGUCUGCCUACAACACACUGAAAUGCCGCGACGCAGAGCGAAUCGCCAACCACAGCCUGCUCCGGCAACCUGAGGGGAAGGACAGUGAGCCGGCAGUCAGGGAGAUCAACACGCUCCUCCAAGAUGGCGGAGACAAGGAAUCGCCCAGCAGCAAGCGCCUGAAGGACAUUGUGCUUUAGCAAGCCUCUCGAUAACACGCACUCGAUGACAUGCAUACACACAUACAGUGCAAACCCACAUAUAAAUAUUUAYCCCGCAAUAGCUGUGUGCACACAGUCAAGCUGUGGAUGGGCAGAGACACACCCAUUUGCAGUAUACAAAAUUUGCGAGCCAGCUUGGGCUGAUGAUAAUGAACUGUAGUAUGCUGCAGCUUGUUGUGUGCUCGAGCCCAGGUAGUGGAUGUGGCUUUGUUGUAGUCGCAGUACUUUCCCCUUGUUUGCUUUUGUUCUGUUUYCUUUCAGUCUGCAAUGAGUGAACAGGCAGGUUACUGUUGACUACGUGGACACGGCCAGUGGAGCUCUCCAGCCCUUGAGCCAAAGCAGAACACUUACAUGUUUGGACACCUGAGGUGCCACUUCAUACGUAAACUUAUGCCUUUUGAACUACUUUUGUAUAACAAACUGACAUUUGCCUUUGGUUUUGCAGUCUGUUUUAGCUGCCAAAAUCGCUCCUUUUUCCUUUGUAUAGUGAGCUCUGACACUGUAAUAAACGACCACAGAUAUACACCCAUUCACGCCAACAGUUUCCAGUAAGGAGGAGGAACAAGAGGCCUCUUGGGUUAUGUUCGCCCCUCUUCCUGACUGAAAAGAAAAAAAAAAAACUUCUUUGCUUUUCCCUGAGGACAACCUGGUGUCAUCAGACUGUGGGGUCUUUAAAGUAUUUAUAUUUUAUCACAGAUGGAGCAAAAUGAACUCCCGCUAUCUGCCAAGCCGCUCCGAACACUGGAAUUGGGACAGACAGAUCUUUGUGUUCAAAAUGAGUUGUAUGAAAAAAAGACUUACUGCUUUUGAAAUCUCCUGUGCCCAACCUUGAUUGUAGCAAGUGGAGCACAAAUUUAGAGCUUUGUGCUUUGGUCUUGUACUUUUCUUUUUUUCUUUUUUUUUUGACUUUUAACUAUGGGGCUAGGAUAGAAGGGAUCGUCACUCAUGUCUUGCUAUGUGGAACUCUGUAUAGGGUUUACUAUUAUCAUUUUUAAUAACCUGUUGUUAUGUGACAAUCCCUUUAAUGUUUUGUUUGAAAAGAAAAAAAAAUCCAAAAAAAGAUAAACAUUGGUGUUCAACUGAAGCUACAGUAGCGUUUGUUACACAAACACAAAAAUAAAAAAAUAUAUGCCAAAAUAUAUUUUAUAAAUAAUUUAAAAUGUAUAAUGAGAAUAUUUAAUGCUGUGUAGUUCUUUUAUGAGUAAGUUAUACUUGAAAUUAACUUGCUUUUGUUCAUUUGUCUUUCAAUUUUAUAUUGAACAUUUAUUUUAUUUUUAUUUUUAUUUUUUCAGAAUUUUAAUUGGAAUAAUUUUUGUUUACUGUGAUCCCUGGCAACCGUUGACUUGCAGUCUACCUUGUUGUAAAGAGUUUCUUAUUGGUCAGUUCUUGUGCCAUCCAGUUUCUGUGUGGGCUACUAGAAAAAGUUUUAAAAAAGACAAAAAAAAAUACACAAAAAAGCAAUUUCAGCACCAACAUUAGUGUAUCAGUUCAACAAGCUUAGAGUGAGAUAGCGAAAGAAACCAAAAAAAAAGAUGUUAACAAAAUKUUCCAACUGCAAGAUGUUGCUUAAUCUUUGUAUCUCAGGAGGAGAAAGGACAGCUUCCAGUGUUCCUUAGCCUACAACAGGUUCCCACAAACAAGUCGACGUUCCUAUCGGACUUGAGUUUAAAUUYGCUUUUUCUUCAGCUACAACUGAGGGCACUCAGACAUGCAGACUAGCUUUGCUCAGCACUGCUGUCAUCGGGUGCCAUCUGUGUUCAGCUGAUCUCCAAAACAAGGCUAAGACCACGGUGGUAGAAGCAGGGCUCUCCCCUCCUACAAGCGCCACACAACAGAAUGGGUGGAAUCAUGUUUGAACAGACCUAAGGUCUUCAAAGAACCAUGUUGCACAUCGGCACUGGGGUUUGAUGUUGCUUUGCAGUGAACAGUUUGUACAAUGUGGAAAUAUAUGAAUGGAAAUGGACAGAUUGCAUACAACAAACUAGAUUUUGUAGCUGAAUGUUUUGCUGGUCUCACCCAUGGCUUCUGGCAACAUAAAAAUUGGAAUAAUCACUGAAUGUAUACAGCAGCUUAUAAUUAAACUAUUAAAUGUUUUCCUCAUU